AUGCAUCAGGACAACACUCCUUACACUCAAUUCGACAGUGUAGUACAAACGACUACUCCCUAUCCAUCACAACCACAAUAUUAUAACAACGUUACAACAACCACCGAUCCUAAUUAUUUACCAUAUUCCACUCCGCCACCACAAUAUUACACACCUGGAGUAGAAACAACAACCACUGCGGUCACAACAGGAUAUAUUCAACCACACUAUGAUAGCGACUAUACAAAGAAAAAGAACGAUGAUACAUGCUUGUUGUUAUUCAUUGUUGGAUUUUUCAUUCCACUUGUUUGGAUCUUUCUCUUCUUUAUCACACGUGACAGUUCAAAAUAUUCUCAAAAAGCGAGAACGAUGGGAAAUGUUGGACUAGGUCUAAUUAUUGCAUCAUGUAUGAUCGCCAAAAAGUACAACUUUUCAAAAAAAAAUCACAAAAUGCCCAUCACUGCAUUGAUCUCCGAUCUUAAAGGUUUUAUUCAAGAGAAGAAGGCAACGGAGGUAAUACCAGAUCCUGCUGAAGUCGAAUACGAAACCAUGAUAGAAAUUGAAAAUGAAAUACAGCAACAGGCCAUUCAAAAAGAUCGUUCCUAUAAUUUCAUUCCGAGAUUUUUCUUCUCAAAGGGAAACUCUGCAAACAGAGAUAAAAUACAAAACCUAUUCAUGGACGUUGUGAAGAAAUGUUUCAUUUCCUCGCGAGAAAAGUCAGUACUGUCCUCAAAUGAACUCGACAAGGUAUGGGAGCUCUUGUUGGAGCAAGACACUUCAAUGGAAGAAGGCAACGAAAAGUUAUCUUAUGUUGGCUAUGAAACUGUAAAAAAGCAAUUUCCAAUGGAGCAGGCCAAAGAGUAUUUCGGUUCAUCUCUUUUCCUUAAACUUCCAAAAGACGAAAUGGGUCGGAUAAACAUACCCGUGUUCUUCAAUCACAUUCUCAGAAAAGUAUCACUUAUUCAAAAUCGAAAUAUACUCAUGGCCUACGACACAGAUAAUGAUGGUUAUUUAACAGAGAAGGAUCUAGAAAGAUUUGUAGAUAAUUCAAUAGAUCAAUUUGUUGGAUUGAACACAAAUGCGAUAUUGAGAAAUGAUAAAAACUUUAGGAAAAUUUAUAUUGACACUAGCGUAAGAAAAUUCAUGUUUUUCCACAACGCACACAACGGGCGUGUAUGCGUGGAAGACUUUUUAGGAAGCAAAGAACUUGUUGAAUUUAAUGAGCUACAAAACGACGAUUUAUCUGAAGAAGAGGAAAUGAACAACUGGUUCUCUAUUCCUUCUGUAAAAAGUGUAAAUGAAGCAUUUAUUCAACUAGAUUUUACGAGAAGUGGGCUACUUAGUAAGAAUGAAUUUUCAAAGUUCAACGCCAACUCUCUGACAAGCGGGUUCAUUAACAGAAUGUUCCAAGAAUAUGGUACAAGAAACGGAAAGUUAGACUACAAAGGAUUUGUUGACUUCUUACUUGCAUUUGAGAACAAAAAGACUGUUCAAUCCAUCAAAUAUUUCUUCAACAUUUUGGAUAACUCUAAAACAGGCAAAAUAACGCCAUUCAUUAUUAAUUAUUACUUUAGAGAUAUGUUAAAGAAAAUAAGGCAGAAUGCAAAAUCAUCGAGUGCCACUAACGAUCUUGCAGAAGAAUCAUUUGAAGACCCUGUAAAAACAGCUGAUAUUGUGUUUGAAAUUUACUCCAUGGUCAAACCAAAGGAUAAGAAAAACAUAACCAUUGAAGAUCUGCUGAAAAGCGUCGAGGUUGGAUCGACGGUUGUGGGCCUGCUGGUCGAUGUUCAAGAGUUCUGGAAAUAUGAGCAGCGAGAGGAACAAUCAGGCAAUUAG